UGCAGCCUGACUUGAGACGGCUGGCCCACCUCCAGGCCCCGCCUCUUCGAAGGCCGACUGUUAGCGACGCCAAACACCCAACAACCGAUUUCUCAGUUUGCAAAAGAUCUGCCAGUUGAGACAUUCCCGAGUCACUUUGACGUUCACUACCUGCAACACAUCAUGGCUCUGGACCCACGCGCGCUGGAGGAGAAGGCCAAAAAGACCCUCCAGAGCGCGUCUAGCGGAUUCAGCUUUUUCAGCAACAAGGAGGACAAGUACCAGAAUGCUGCCGAUCUCUAUGUCCAGGCGGCCAAUGCCUACCGGUUGGAGAAGAAGAACAAGGAAGCGGGCGCGGCGUUCGAGGCAGCAGCAAAUAUUCACCAAAACAAACUGAACGAGCCGGACGACGCGGCGAACAUCAUGGUGGACGCAUUCAAGGUGUACAGGAAAGAAUAUCCCAACGACGCCGUGCGGUGUAUCAAGAAAGCCAUCGACCGGUACCAGGCGAAAGGCAACUUCCGGCGGGCGGCUUCUCAUCUGGAAAACGUGGCCGAGCUGCUCGAGGUGGAGCUUGGCGACCGCAAGCAGGCCAUGGGCUACUACCACGACGCGGCACGCUGGUACGAGGAGGACGGGGCAAAGGCGCUUGCCAACAAGCUGUGGCUCAAGGAGGCCGACAUUGCUGCGCUCGAGGGCGAUUAUUACAAGGCGCUUGAGAACUACGAGAAGGUGGCCGACUCAUCACUAGACAACAACUUGAUGAAAUACUCGGUCAAGGACUACUGGCUGAAGGCGGGGAUCUGCGUCCUGGCGACCAAGGACCUCGUCAGCGCGCGCCGCAACCUGGAGCGGUACAAGGAGAAGGACCCGUCCUUCGCGGCCCAGCGCGAGUGCCAGCUGCUGUCGGACCUGAUCGAGGCGGUCGAGGCCGGGAACCAGGAGCUGUUCACCGACAAGCUCUACGCGUACGACCAGCUGAGCCGGCUCGACAAGUGGAAGACGGAGAUGCUGGUCAGGGUCAAGAACCAGAUUGAGGAGGCGGAUAAUGAAUUUUCGUGAGGCACUCGCUUGCCUGGGUGGGUGUGCGGCGUUUUGGCGGUUUAAACAGCAUACCUUGAAUAUGCCUAAGUCACUGCUUGGCCCGUCUCAUGGUAAUCCAGAGACUGGGAGUUGUGGGUCGAAGUGGUCGUCUACUCUUGUUUUUUCGUCAUCUCAAGCGCUCUGAAGCUGAAGGCACUCGCGGGAUCGGUAUUCGGUAUUCGGUAUGCCACUCUUGGGGACAUUGGUUGCCUGCUCAGUCUGGGGAUAGCACUACAAAGUCCAUCCCUACGCCGACUGUCCCCGAGUGGCUGUCCAUCCAAAUCUAAUCCCUUCGAAGUGUACCCGUCUGGGCUGAACCUGCAUUCCCUCCGGACACCGGCCAGGAAGCCGCGCUUGCGCCACAGCUGGACGUGGUAUCCUGACUACGAGACCCUGCAGCAAGUCUUCUGGAAAACCUGCGAGAAGGAAGUCGGCGGCUUGUCUGCAACGGAACUCCGCGCAAUCAGAUGGCAAGAGGGCCGGGCCUCUUUCUCUCAGCUGACUUCACCAGCCGUCUCGCGAGCGGGCCGGAACCGACCGCUAUAUGAAGUUGUGAGCAGAUGCCGAAUUUGGUCCAGGUUGCUGAACGAGCUGUUCGUCAGAUUGUGCUGAGUUAGCCAUACACAGUUGGGGUUGCGCACCGAUAAGCGAUAACUACACUAACA